AUGGGUGGUCUCACAAUAUUCGAAAGUUAUAGUCCUGUCGGAGCUAACGUUUAUUACGGAACAGAUGAUUAUUUAAAGACUGUAUAUUAUUAUAAACUUGCUUUGGAUUGUGAAAGAUCUGAUCUGUCGUCUGUAGCAACAACUUAUCGAAGUCUUGGUGAUGUUUAUACGAAGCAGUUUGAAUUAAAUCAAGCGUUAAUACAGUAUGAAAAGGCGUUGGAACUUCAAACAAUAUAUAGGCAUGCUAUAUUUCAUUUCAAAAGAGCAGCUGAUAUUCUUGGACAAUUGCCUGUGUCAAAUUCGACAGUACUCAUCUCAUUUCAAGAUGUAAUUUAUUAUAUGGCCAUGUCGUACGACAAUCAUGAACAAUAUAAAACAGCAAUUGAUUAUUACCAAAAAUAUACUGUUCUUAUGGAAAAUAAGUUGGAUGGUCAAUCCCAAGUUAUUCAUUCGUAUACACGUUUGGGAGAAAUUUACCGUUCGCUGGGUGAACUUGAUUGUGCAUUAGAUUAUUUUAUAAAAGCUUUAAAUUUUUCUCAUUAUGCAUCAUACGCUAAACAGAUUGCUUCCUGUUACAAUAACCUUGGAGUUAUAUAUAACGAUAAAAAUGAUGAGUUCCGAGCAAUUGGUAAUUAUCAUCUAGCAAUUGACUCAUAUUUAAAAAUAGAACCAAUAAAUUAUUGUGCAGUAGCCAUUUGCACUUUUAAUAUCGCUUCAGUUUAUGAACAUAAAAAUAAUUACGAUAAGAGUAUUAAAUAUUUUCAAAUAUGUUUAGAAUAUCUAUUUAAUUCUACCUCGUCAACAAAAGACGAUAUAAUAGCAAACACAUAUUACAGACUUGGAGAUGUUCAUAUGAAAAAAAACGAUUAUCAAACAUCAAUUCAAUACUAUCAAAAUGCUUUAGACUUUGUGAAAAAAAUGUAUGAUAAUGAUGAGUGUCAUCCGAAAGUAUUAAGAUUUAUUGGAUAUUUAAAAACAGCUCAAGACAAACUGUUAUCAUCCUCCAAUUGA